CUCUCUUCCCAUUGACCAACUGCGGGAGAGGGAGUAUUUUUGGCAAGGAACCCUCAGAAAGCGGCACAUUUCGUACGGAACUCGCAAGCAGUGUGCAAGCACCAAAUGGCUAACCGGGGACCCUCUUUUGGCCUAAGUGCCCAAGUUGCAAACAAAUUGGCUGGAAAGCGUGAUCCACAGUUGGAAGCUGAACUUCUACAAUGGAUCGAGCAAAUCAUGGGUCAAAAGCUUCCCCCUGGACCUUUCGAUGAAGUUUUGAGGGACGGAACAAUUCUUUGCAACUUAAUGAACAAGCUUAUGCCUGGAUGCAUUCAAAAGAUUAACACUUCAGGAGGCCAAUUUAAGAUGAUGGAGAACAUCAACCGCUUCCAGGAAGCUGCCAAGAAGUGGGGUGUGCCAGAGAUCGAUGUUUUCCAGACAGUUGACUUAUGGGAAAGAAGAAACAUAUCCCAAGUUGCUCAGUGUUUAAUGGCAUUGGGAAGAGCUUGUUACACACACCCAGAGUACACCGGACCAUGCCUAGGACCCAAACCAUCUGAAGAAAACAAACGACAGUUUACCGAAGAACAACUCCGGGCCAGUGAAGGCAUCAUCAACCUACAGUACGGCACCAAUAAAGGUGCCAACCAAAGCGGUCAAAACUUCGGCAACACGAGGCACAUGUAAGCGUCGUGGAUCUGAAACGCGUCAUGGAUCUUAGUACUUCAACACGUCAUGGAUCUGAAGUGAUCUUAGUACUUCAACAGUUUUAUAAUAGAACAUUUUCGCUUUGAUUAAUAACUAAAUAUGUGAGGUAAUAAAUUCCAAACUAAGAAUUUUUCGAAAAAUUCUUUUUAGGACGCAUCGUACUUCAUAAUAUUUGUCGAUGACACUAAAGAGGGUGAAAAUUAUUACAGUUUAAUAAACGGGUAAUUUUGAAGAAAUACAAUUUUUUAUGCCACUGAAGGCGGUUCUCUUGAGCUGGACAUGCUGCAAUACUUCAAAAACGAGUUCGUUUAUGUGAGCAAAUUCUCAUGUAAUGGCAUUUAUGCGAAUAAAGUUGGUUAUUUUGAAA